CAGCCGUAUUACAACUCCAUCCUAUAUAUAAAACAAAACCAUGACUGUAAGUAAAUCAAAUUAGAGUUCUGGUAGUGGAACCAAGGUGAUGGAAGACCACAUCUGGGGUCAUGACAUUAAGGGAAAUGGACACAUUUGCCCAUGAUUCAGCAUGGACUACAGUGACUAAAGCCUGUGGAUUCUUUGCCAAAAUAUAUUGCUGUCAUCUACACAGCAGGCCAGUCACCAAACUCGUGAUAUGCAAUAAAGGGAAAACAUGACAAGAGAUAAGCAGAAGGAGAGAGAACUAUGGGCACCUUCACACUGUCGGAAGCGAACACUUAGAGACAGUCACGUUGUUUUUGUUGUCCAGCGUUUAGCAUAGUUUUCCGUGUGCAGCUGGUGACGUCCAGAAGAGGAGUGGUUUUCAUGUGGCGACCCCCUGCGUGCCGUUAGGCUAAGGAAGGAUGGUAAUACAACAUGAUAGCCUAUCGUUUACCAUAGAGCCAUCUGCAGAAAAGCCGCUUUGCUGAGCUGAAGGGAAAACACGUCCUCCAAAUCGUUUUCCUCAGACUCAUUAUCGUUGGCCAGCGAGACAAGUGGGCAGAAUAUAGCCGCGGGUUAAUUUUAUGUAUUUAUUUUUCCCUCUCCUGAUGGAUGAACAAUGGAGAGUUUGUUAGCAGAAAUUUCUGGUGACCCUCCUCUUUGCCCCUGCGUUAGAUCAUUGUUUUUGAUGCUGUUGUUGUGUAGGAGGCAGGGACGGACCUGAUCUUUUUGGAUUUCUGCUAGAAAAGACCGAGAACAUCGGCUGGUCACGGCGGCUCGCGUUUUUCCUCCCUUCGUAGUUCCAAGCUGCUGAUGCUGGCGUUGCUGUCACUCACCCGGCGAUAUUAUGGUGAAAUUCCCAUCUCUAACCCCCUACUUUCCUCUCAUCCGAUUUCUGGUUCCUCUUGCAAUCACUAACAUAGCCAUCGACCUCGGGGAACAGGCUUUGAACAGGGGAAUUGCAGCUGUCAAAGAGGAUGCGGUUGAGAUGCUGGCCAGCUAUGGCUUGGCCUACUCCCUGAUGAAGUUCUUCACAGGACCUAUGAGCGACUUCAAGAACGUCGGCCUUGUGUUUGUCAACAGCAAACGCGACCGCUACAAAGCUGUGCUAUGCAUGGUCACCGCCGGGACCAUAGCGAUCAUCUUUCACAUUCUCAUCGCCUACACAGAGCUGGGCUACUACAUCAUCAAUAAGCUCCAUCAUGUGGACGACUCUGUAGGGAACAAGACCAGACGGGCUUUCCUCUACUUGGCAGUGUUCCCGCUCCUCGAUGCCAUGGCCUGGACACAUGCUGGCAUUCUACUAAAGCACAAACACAGCCUAUUAGUGGGCUGUGCCUCAAUCUCUGAUGUCGUAGCUCAGAUUGUUUUUGUGGCCAUCUUGCUUCACAGUCGUUUGGAGUGUCUGGAGCCGAUGUUGAUCCCCAUUCUGUCCCUCUACAUGGGGGCCCUGGUGCGCUUCACAAUUGUAGGACUCGGUUACUAUCGUAACAUCCACGACAACAUCCCAGAUUCCAGCGGUCCUGAAGUCGGGGGGGAUGCUACCAUAAAAAAGAUGCUAGGUUUCUGGUGGCCCCUGGCCCUGAUUCUGGCCAUGCAGCGAAUCAGCAGGCCUAUUGUCAACCUCUUUGUCUCCCGAGACCUCAAGGGAAGUUCUGCCGCCACAGAGGCCGUAGCUGUGCUGACUGCAACGUAUCCCGUGGGGCACAUGCCCUACGGCUGGCUGACAGAACUACGCGCCGUCUAUCCCGCCUUCGACAAGAGCAACCCCAGUAACAAACUGACCAACAUCAAUACCACGAUCUCCAAAUCCCACAUCAAGAAGUUCACUUUUGUCUGCUUUGCACUUUCUAUUACGCUAUGUUUUCUGGUGUUCUGGACGCCUAACAUCUCAGAAAGAAUCCUAGUAGAUGUCAUUGGUGUGGACCACACCUUCGCAGAGCUCUGCGUCCCUCCGUUGCUAAUCUUCUCCUUCUUUCCUGUGCCAGUGACCAUCCGGGCUCACCUGACAGGUUGGCUCAUGACUCUGAAGAAGACCUUCGUUCUUGCACCCAGCUCUGUCCUGCGCAUCAUCGUCCUCAUCACCAGUCUCAUCGUUCUCCCUUACAUGGGGGUGCAUGGAGCCAGUCUGGGAGUAGGAUCUCUCCUUGCUGGAUUCCUUGGGGAGUCAACAAUGGUGGCAAUAGCUGCCUGCUAUGUCUAUCGAAAACAGAAAAAAAAGAAAGACACGGAUGGCGAAGAGGCGGUUGAAGGAGAAGAGGACUCCGCCCCAAUGAACGUGACGCCCCCGAGACAAACAGAUGAUAUCGUAGAGGAAGAGGACUGAGCCGGGGACGCUGAAGGCCUCUUAAAGGGGCAUGUUGGGGGCACAGCCUAGUUCCCUUGUUUCUGUGGGGCAGUCUUUCUAUGGCCGCCCGUUGGUGACCCAGCCCAAACCCCACUUUUAAACCGUACAUGGUUUAUGAGGUUUGGAGGGUACCCAAACCACACCCCUGAUUGCAUUUAGGGAAGAGACUGAGAGGGGAAUCUGAACAGGCAGCAGAGUACAUUUGUGGCCAAAAGAAAACAUCUUAAUUGUUGCGGUUAUGAACCUAAUAUAGUGUACAGCGCUGGCUGGUCGUUUGAUCUUCUAAAGGCGCAAAAUAAAUGCUGUAAGUGGUUUUGUUACAAUAGAGUUAUUGUCAAUAUUAGAAAAUAUAUUUUCAGACACUAAAAUCCUACACACACACACGCAUAUACAGACACACACUGUUUGAUUUGGUUGCUACCAAGUCAGGUAAGCAUGAUAAUGUUGGUAACUGGUACCAAAAGCAAAUGUUGUCCAUUUCAACUCCAUUUCUCUUGUGUUUGACAAAACUUUCUGUGCUGCCGUCCUUCACUUUAGAGCUUUUAUGGCAAAAUACAUACUUUCACUGUACUGUAACUUCAACUGCUUGGUAAAAAUACCUUUUUAUAUUUACUUUGAAUGUACAACACAAAUAAUGUAUAUGAAUAAUGAUGCUGAGGAAAUAAUGUAUAUGAAUAAUGAUGCUGAGGAAAUAAUGUAUAUGAAUAAUGAUGCUGAGGAAAUAAUGUAUAUGAAUAAUUAUGCUGAGGUAGGUCUUUGUGUUGUGACCUCUGAACUUUAUCUUUACUGGCUGUACACUGGUUGGGGAACAGCUUAUGGUUCCCAAAAUAAACGCGUUGGCUUUU